AGAGAAAUGAUCCCCCCUUUCAGCUGAAACUCCCUCCUAAAGCUCAGCGUCCUGAAAAGGAAGUGGAUCCUGAAUAUGAAGAAAAGAUGAAAACAGAUCGUUCAAAAAGAUUUGAAUUCCUUCUCAAGCAGACAGAACUAUUUGCACAUUUCAUUCAGCCAGCUUCACAGAAGUCACCAACUUCUCCCCUCAAAGUGAAAUUAGGACGCCCCAGGAUAAAGAAAGAUGAAAAACAGACCUUACUGUCUGCUGGAGACAAUCGACACCGACGGACAGAGCAAGAAGAAGAUGAAGAAUUAUUAUCAGAAAGUCGAAAAACAUCAAAUGUGUGUGUGCGGUUUGAAGAAUCGCCUUCAUAUAUAAAAGGAGGAACACUGCGAGAUUACCAAAUCAGAGGCCUUAACUGGAUGAUCUCUUUAUAUGAAAAUGGCAUUAAUGGAAUAUUAGCUGAUGAAAUGGGAUUGGGAAAAACCCUGCAGACAAUUGCUUUGCUGGGUUACCUUAAACACUACCGGAACAUUCCAGGUCCUCAUAUGGUUUUGGUACCAAAAUCUACCCUUCAUAACUGGAUGAAUGAAUUUAAACGCUGGGUGCCUUCUCUUUGUGCAGUUUGUUUAAUUGGUGACAAAGAUCAACGGGCUGCUUUUUUAUACGAGAUGUCAUGAUGCCUGGAGAAUGGGAUGUCUGUGUUACAUCUUAUGAAAUGGUCAUACGAGAAAAAUCUGUUUUUAAAAAGUUCAACUGGAGGUAUUUGGUCAUUGAUGAAGCUCACAGGAUAAAGAAUGAAAAAUCAAAGCUAUCUGAAAUUGUUCGGGAGUUUAAGACAACAAAUCGUCUAUUGCUGACAGGAACCCCUUUGCAGAACAACCUCCAUGAGUUGUGGGCAUUACUGAAUUUCCUUUUGCCUGAUGUAUUUAAUUCAGCUGAGGAUUUUGACUCUUGGUUUGACACAAAUAAUUGUCUUGGGGAUCAAAAACUUGUUGAAAGACUUCAUGUAGUGUUAAAGCCAUUUCUUUUGAGACGCAUAAAAGCUGAAGUAGAAAAGAGUCUCCCACCAAAAAAAAGAAGUAAAAAUUUAUCUUGGACUCAGUAAAAUGCAGAGGGAAUGGUACACCAAAAUUUUAAUGAAAGAUAUCGACAUCCUGAAUUCUGCUGGUAAAAUGGACAAAAUGCGUCUCUUAAAUAUACUAAUGCAGUUGCGCAAGUGUUGCAACCAUCCAUACCUGUUUGAUGGGGCAGAACCUGGUCCACCCUAUACAACUGACAGUCAUCUUGUCUACAACAGUGGAAAAAUGGUGGCUUUGGAUAAAUUGCUUCCCAAGCUGAAGGAGCAAGGUUCCAGGGUUCUCAUUUUUAGUCAAAUGACUCGACUGCUCGACAUUUUGGAGGAUUACUGCAUGUGGCGUGGCUAUGAAUACUGUCGGCUAGAUGGACAGACGCCACAUGAAGAAAGAGAGAUAGCCAUAGAAAGAUUUAAUGCACCUAACAGCAGAAAAUUCAUCUUCAUGCUGAGUACCCGUGCCGGAGGCCUUGGAAUAAAUUUGGCAACUGCUGAUGUGGUGAUUUUAUAUGAUUCAGACUGGAACCCUCAAGUCGAUUUACAAGCAAUGGAUCGAGCACAUCGCAUAGGUCAAACAAAAACUGUACGUGUAUUCCGUCUUAUUACUGACAAUACAGUGGAAGAACGGAUUGUGGAAAGAGCUGAGAUGAAAUUGAGACUGGACUCCAUAGUCAUACAACAAGGGAGGCUGAUAGAUCAACAGUCAAACAAGCUUGCCAAGGAUGAGAUGCUUCAGAUGAUUCGCCAUGGUGCCACCCAUGUAUUUGCAUCAAAGGACAGUGAGCUGACUGAUGAAGAUAUUACAACCAUUUUGGAAAGAGGGGAAAAGAAGACUGCUGAAAUGGCAGAGCGCUUGCAAAAGAUGGGAGAAAGCACUCUCAGAAAUUUCUCUAUGGAUACAGAAACAAGUUUAUAUAACUUUGAAGGAGAAGAUUAUCGAGAAAAGCAAAAGCUGAGCAUGUUGGAGUGGAUAGAGCCCCCGAAACGGGAACGUAAAGCCAAUUAUGCAGUGGAUGCAUACUUUAGAGAUGCCUUGCGUGUCAGUGAACCAAGAGCUCCAAAGGCACCCCGGCCCCCAAAGCAACCAAACAUCCAAGACUUUCAAUUUUUUCCCCCUAGACUGUUUGAGCUGUUGGAGAAAGAGAUUCUUUAUUACAGGAAGACAAUUGGAUAUAAGGUCCCCAGGAAUUCAGACCUCCCAAAUGCAUCUCAGGUACAAAAAGAGGAACAGAAGAAGAUUGAUGAGUCUGAGCCGCUCAGCACUGCAGAGUCAGAAGAGAAGGAGACACUUUUAACCCAGGGCUUUACAAACUGGAACAAAAGAGACUUCAACCAAUUUAUUAAGGCUAAUGAGAAAUAUGGCCGUGAUGAUAUUGAUAACAUUGCACGAGAAGUUGAAGGAAAAACACCCGAAGAGGUCAUUGAAUACUCAGCUGUGUUCUGGGAACGUUGCAAUGAAUUGCAGGACAUUGAAAAAAUAAUGGCCCAGAUUGAACGAGGUGAAGCAAGGAUCCAAAGAAGAAUCAGCAUCAAAAAAGCAUUGGAUGCAAAAAUCGCAAGGUACAAGGCUCCAUUUCAUCAAUUAAGGAUACAGUAUGGAACGAACAAAGGCAAAAAUUACACAGAAGAAGAAGAUAGAUUUCUGAUAUGCAUGCUGCAUAAAAUGGGCUUUGACAAGGAAAAUGUAUAUGAAGAAUUGCGUCAGUGUGUGCGAAAUGCUCCCCAAUUCCGAUUUGAUGGUUUAUCAAAUCAAGAACUGCCAUGGUAUGUA